UGUGUGUGUGUGUGUGUGUUUAGGGGGGUGUCUUAUGGAGAGCCGGAAAAAAAAUCCCUGAUCUCAGAGAGCCGCGAUUCUCGGAGCGGCUGCGGGAGUUUUAGCGGCAUGUCGGCGGAUCGGAGCCGCUGCAGCUGAGAAGUUUAGCCGGCACACACGCUUCAGCCCCGGGGGAGCAUCCAGACCGAGCACCGAGCAGAAGCGGCGGCGGCGAACAUACGCACACACACACACACACAGGCGCGCGCCGGGGAAUCAUGCGGGCUCCUGCGCUCCGGCUGCUGGGACUCGUGUGGCACGUCUCCGCGCUUUUACGCAGCGCACACACCUACAAACUCCACCACAAGCAAGAGAGCUUCAUCCGGCAGCUGUCGGCAUAUGAGAUCAUCACUCCGGUGCGCUUGAAUGAUUUCGGAGACUCGUUUCCACAGCGGCUGCAUUACCGGCGGAGGAGGCGCAGUGCAGACACAGAUCCCUCUGCCUCUAGGGCUCAUUACCGCAUUGAGGCCUUCGGUCAGGCCUUUUACCUCAACCUCACGGCAGACUCCGGGUUUAUGGCUCCGUCCUACAGUGUUGUGCAUCUGGGAGAGCAGGAGAAUCGUGGAGAUGAUGCAGAUCUGCACCAUUGCUUCUUUAGAGGACACGUAAACGCACGCAGGGAACAUCACGCCGUCUUCAGCCUCUGCACUGGACUGGUGAGUGCAGGGUUACUAUUUAAAGUGGUACUGUAUGUUACAAAGUGUUGCGUUAGUUCUUUAAACAUAGCUAGAAGUGUUAGUUCCUUUUUAACUAUGUAACGUUUUUAGCAUUUAAAAAAGGUAAUAAAAAGGCAGUGUUAUGUUACUUUUCGUUACUUUUCAUUUAAGAAAAGUGAUGCAUUGCGUUUAUUUUUUGUUAAAUUUCUAUUUAAGCAAAUGAAUGCGUUGCGUUACUUUUCAUUACUUUUACAUUUAAGGAAAGUAAUGCCUUACGUUACUUUCAUAGCUUUUUUUAUUUAAGGUAAGUAAUGCGUUGCGUAAAUUUUCAUAACUUUUUCAUUUAAGAAAAGUAAUGCAUUACGUUACUUUUUCAUUACUAUUUCUUUUAAGGAAAGUGAUGCCUUACAUUAAUUUUCAUUACUUUUUCAUUUAAGGAAAGUAAUGCGUUGCCUUACUUUUCAUAAUUUUUUUUAAGGAAAGUCAUGCGUAACAUUAGUUUUCAUUACUUUUUCAUUUAAGGAAAGUAAUGCGUGACGUUACUUUUCGUUAAUUUUCAUCUAAGAAAAGUGAUGCGUUUUGUUACUUUUCAAUACUUUUUCAUUCAAGAAAAGUUAUGCGUUACGUUACUUUUCGAUACUUUUUUAUUUAAAGAAAGUAAUGCGGUAAGUAAAUUUUCACUACUAUUUCGUUUAAGGAAAGUAAUGCAUUAUGUUAGCUUUCAUAACUUUUUUAUUUAAGGAAAGUGAUGCGUUCCGUUACUUUUCGUUACUCUUUCAAUUAAGGAAUGUAAUGCCUUUACAUUAAAUUUACUUUAAAUGUAAUGCCUUCAUUAUUUUUGUUAUUUUUCAUUUAAGCGAUGCAUUACAUUACUUUUCGUUACUUCUUUAUUUAAGGAAAGUGAUGCUUUAUGUUACUUUUCGUUACUCUUUCAUUCAAAGAAAGUAAUGUGUUGCAUUACUUUUCGUUACUUUUUCUUGUAAGGAAAGUAGUGCGUUGCUUUAAUUUUCGUUAUGAUUUCCUUUGAGGAAAGUAAGUCUGUCAUGACGGCAGGACUAGUUCUGUUGGGGAAUAUUAGUCUUUGGUUUAAUUGUGUUUUAAUUACUGGACGAGUGAACUACACUAAAUGUAGAUCUGCGCUGGUAAUAGUUUCCUCCGCUGUGGCGGUUUUAUGGGAACGUGAAGCAUUUCUAGCUUGUAAUUACAAAUCCAGCAAAGUCCUGAGCGUGUUUUACUAGCAGGAAAUGAUAAUUACGGUGAUCCCGAGAUGAGCGCAGGAUUAGUCCUCUGUGAAGAUCAGGCUCUGGGUUAGUGGAGGUUUUCCUCCUCUGUUCUACUCCAGUGGACUCGACUAUAGUGAGUUUAAUCCAGCUGCAGAGCUUAGAGAGCUUCAGGGUUACUGGAGGAUUCAGUUCUUUUCUGAGCUGUGAUUGGCAAAUAUAACGUCUAAACACCAAUGCUGGAUAUUGUGGAUGUAAGUGACUCGGUGGAUUUAGUGAGUGGGUUAUUAUUGGUACUGCUACACAAAAUUUAACACAUGAUGUGUCUAUAUAUUGCUGACCAUGUGAGUGUGUGCAAGAAUCAAAGUGGCGCAGUGGGUAACACGAUCGCCUCACAGCAAGAAGGUCUCUGGUUUGAGUCUCGGCUGGGUCAGUUGGCGUUUCUGUGUGGAGUUU